AUGCUACCCCUUCCGCUGAAAAGCGCGUACCUCGAGUACAAGAAGGACACGGAUGCAGUCGCAUCAUGGCUUGCUUCGACAGCAAAGAAAUGCGGCUUCCCUGCCGACCAGCUCAAGUCGGGCUCCUGGGACACUUCGGACGCCUCAUCUGUCUCCAGCAAGCCCUCCAGCAAGCCCUCCAGCAGCGGCCGGAAGAAGGGCAAGGCCCGCAAAGCAGCCAGCGCGGCCGUCCAAGCCACGAAAAGCGCCAUUCAAGGCGUUUCUAGGUACAUUGUUGCCAUAGCGGACUACCACAAGUUGGCAAAGCACAUUGCCGACACUGCGGACCCUACCAUUACUGUUCCCGAUGAGUUUGUGGCUACCAUCGACCGUGUCAUCUCCAUUCGCUCCAGCUUCGGUGAGCGUUUGGCCGAGCAUGGUGUUGGGCCGGACACCGAAGCCGAUCUGAAGCACCGCCACUUUGUUGAGGUCCUGAAGAAGGUCCGAGAAGCCCUCCUGCCUCGCAUGUCUAGCAAGGCUUCCAGCUCGGCAUUGUCCAAGGCUGCUACGUCAGAUGAAAUCAGCAACAGAUUCGCUGGCCUGGGCGUCGAAGAGCCCUCACAAGCCUUCCUGAAUGCUUCUGAUAUCGAGAGACCGACCCAGCCAACAGAAGACAAGACCACCUACGAAGCUGAGACACUCGCUGAGCUCGAGGAUGUUCUGUUCACUUUCUUCACCAUGAUGAACGACCUUGCUCGCAUCCGGGAUGUCAUCCGCUGGAUUUGGGAGAACUACCAGAAGGGCCUCUUCGAUAUCGCAGCGGCGGCUGUGGCUACCGACACAGCCCUCGCUUUGGGCCGCGGCAUCAUUGACGAGGCCGAACCCAACUUCAAGAACUUCGAAAAGGGUACCUGGGGUGUGCAACACAAAUUCUUCUUCAUUUGCUGUCGUCGAAAGGGCCACAACAUCGACAGCGUCGUCUCUGAUGAUGCGUCUGAUAAUUUCAACUACGAGAUGUAUGAUCUUGCGGAUGAAUGCUUCAUGAACACUCACCGCUGUCUGCUUUCCUUCCUCGCCAUCCUCUCGCCAGACCAUUUGCCCAUCAUCAAGGAAGGAUUCAUGGGUCACUAUGAUCCCACCACAAACCGGGAUAAGCUUCCUGGACACGCGAAGUUCAAAGAAGAUCAGAUCCUGCUCAUGGAGUUUCUAAGUGAGCUCACGGUUGUUACCCGUGUCAUUCCCAGCUAUCCUGUUGAGGACGAGUUCAUGCGUGGAGUUAGAGAGAUGGACAAGACCAACAAGGUCCCAUUCUCACUCGUCUUCGCCGCCCAGACCUUCCUUGACAUUCAUCACCUGCUGAGAGCCGAUGUUUCGCGAGGAUCCCAGUCCUUGCAGAAUGAGAUCAAGCAUCUCACCCAAACCCUCAAGGAUCACCUUGAUUACCACAAGAAGAGCAAGUUGCGGAUCAAGAACUGGCCUGAACGCAUGGAUGACAUGGUGCGCUUGGUGAUCAAGCAAGGGCAAGAGAUGUUGGCGGACCCCGUCUACCAGUGCAAAAUUAGCUACUAUCGGCGAAACAAAAUGCCGAUCGCGUCAUCCAUGAGACCCAACCGAAUCCUGGACUAUUCUCCGGUCCUUGCUGGCCUCAACCUGCUCAGUUUCCGAGGGGAUGUGAACUCCAUUGGCAUCGACGCUGCAAACGCUUGGGGAUCCAUCCAGUAUGCAAUCCAUCUCUACUCUGCCCUCCAGAAUGAGAAGCUGGUGGAUCGUCAGUUUUGGGCCGACUUGGAGAUGGCUCAAGCCCUUCUCCCUGAUUCCAGCUUCUUUCCUGGAGGAAAUGCCCCGAAGACUCCCAAGAAGUACCUUGACACCUUCGUUCUCCAAAUGGGGGCUGCUGGUGUCCCGCGCGGCAUCAAGAAGGGCCUGCCAGUUUCAUCCAUCUUCGUGGAGAAGUAUUUGAAGCGCACCGAAGUCCCGUGGACGCCAAAGAAUAUCCACGACAUUGUUUCCCGUAGCGGGUUCGAGACGAAGGGCGAGCUGGGCAAAGGAAACUUGCUGCUGUGGCAGAUCGACGAGAAGGACCAGAAGGACAUUGAGAAGAAACGCGCGUUGGAGGCGGCAAGUUUGGCUCUCAACGCGGAAGUCGCGGAGAUGGCGUUCCCUUGGUUGACGCUUCAUAAGUCAUGCUGGGAGAUGAUGAAGCUGGUCAAAGAGAAAAACCAUCAGCGUUUGUCGCAGAUCUUUGGCAGCGGCUACCUCAAUGACAAGAGUCAAAUGCCAUUUGUGAUUGGAUACAUCUUCAUGACUACGUGCGGCGAGUGCCCCGGCCAUCUGAGGACCAUGGACCUCAUGAAACAGGCAGCGGAAGCCGUCAAGGAAUAUGUUACACGGGGUUCGGGAGAUCUCUGCGUGAAGCUGCUUGCUGAGAUGGGACACAAUGUCCAGUUCGUCAACGAGGAGGAACUUGUGAAGAACAAUGCCUAG